AUGGAUGGCAUCGCGGGCGAUUCCUCUCAAAAUGUGAAUACCCACAUAGAUUGGACACCUCAAGUUGGUUUGGAAUUUAAUACUCUAGGGGAUGCAUGGAAUCAUUGGGGAAAUUAUGGAAAGCAAAUGGGUUAUGGUGUAAGGAAAGGUUUUCUAAAUAAAAGUAAGCUAGAUGGAAAAGUAACAACAAGGGGAUUUACUUGUUGUAGGGCAGGUGUUCGAGGAAUAGACAAGCGAAAUCAUCUUUACACUCGUCAUCGAUAUGAAGUAAGGACUAAUUGUCCUGUACGAUUGCAUGUUUCAUUAGUACGAGAGACUGGAAAGUAUAAGGUUUAUGAUUUUGUAGCUGAACAUAAUCAUAUUCUGCAUCUUGAAGAAACUGCUUAUAUGAUGAGGUCACAUCGUAAAAUGUCAGAAGUUCAAGCAUUUGAAAUUGACCUGGCAUGUGCUUCUGGAAUUUCUCCUAAGGCAACACAUGCACUGAUGAGUAUAGAGGCUGGUGGGAGGGCAAAUCUUGGAUAUAUUGAGCUUGAUCAAAAAAACUAUCUUCGGACAAGACGGCAAAGGAACUUGAUAUAUGGUGAAGCAAGUUGCUUAUUGAGGUAUUUUCAGGAAAAAAUUAAUAAAAAUCCAUCGUUUCGUUAUGCAGUUCAAUUAGAUGCUGAAGAAAAAAUUACUAACAUUUUUUGGGCUGAUGCAAGAAUGAUCGUUGGCUAUGUCUAUUUUGGUGACAUGAUGACCUUUGUUACUACAUUUGGCACUAAUAAAGAAUUAAAACCCCUAGCUGUUUUUACUAGUUUUAAUCAUCAUAGAGGGGUUGUGAUUUUCGGGGCAACACUUCUUUAUGAUGAAACAAUAGGGUCAUUUAAAUGGCUUUUUGAAAAUUUCUUAGAUGCACAUACGGGUAAAAAGCCUCGAUCAAUCUUUACUGAUCAAGAUGCUGAAAUGGCAAAGGCAUUAAGUGAGGUGAUGCCAGAAACCUAUCAUAGAUUAUGCACUUGGCACAUCAUGCAAAAUGACAUUAAGCAUUUGGGGAAUUUGAUGAAAGAUGAUUCUCAUUUCCUACGAGACUUUAAAUCUUGUAUGUUUGAGUAUGACGAUAAGUCUGAAUUUGAAGAAGCUUGGGACAAAAUGAUUGAGAAGUAUAAUGUUGGGUCAGUUAGUUGGUUGGACGGUAUAUACAAAUUAAAGACAAAAUGGGCCAAGUGUCACAUGAAGAAUGCCUUUACUUUAGGUGUGCGAAGUACUCAACUCAGUGAAAGCAUAAAUAGUGAUUUGAAAGCUUACUUAAAAUCAGAUUUGAGUAUGAUGGAAUUUUUUCAACAUUUUGAGCGGGUGGUAGAGCAAAAGCGACAUAAGGAAUUGGAAGCUGAAUUUCAUGCUAGAGAAAAAUUGCCUACAUUAGCAUUGAAGAAUUCCCCUAUGUUGAAGCAGGCAUCACAUACAUAUACUCCUGUGAUAUUUAAAAAAUUUCAUGAUGAGUAUGACUAUGCAUCAGUAAUAGUAAUUAAACAUCGCAAUGAUAGCCAAUUAGUGCAUGAAUAUGUUGUUGGUAUUUUUGAUGAAACUAGAGAGUAUAAAGUAUUAUGCGACCAUGUCAAUAAGAUAAUUUCAUGUAGUUGCAGAAAGUGCGAAACAUUUGGGAUUUUGUGUUGCCAUGCUUUGAAGAUUUUUGACUUGCUUGAUAUAAAGAUGAUUCCUAGUACAUACAUUUUGAAGAGGUGGACAAGAGAAGCAAAGAGUGAAUACAUCUUAAAUACUACGACGAUGAAUAUGGAAAAUGGUGUGAAUUUAAAUGUUACACAAAGAUAUAGAAGAUUGUGUCCAAUGCUAGUGGGAUUAGCCACCGAAGCAGCUGAUAAUGAAGAUGCAUAUGCUUUUGUAGAGAAGAUGGUAAAAGAAAUGUAA